AUGGAAUUCAUUGACAUGCUAGCCACAGCCUGUUCGCAAUCUGACAUCACACCAUGCUUGUCUCUCGACGAUCUCAUCAACAUCCCCGACGAAGAUGACGUCCAACCGCCCGAUUCCCCAGCAAAAGCGACUUCGCGUUCGACAGCGAUGGCUCUGGGGUUCAUCCUCGCUAAGGCGAUAUCUGCAAGCUCCUCUCUCUCCCGCAUGGACCCUCGCCCGGACCACGCUGGUCGCUCACCCAUGAAAGCCGUUCUAGCUUGCGGUGACGCCAACGAAUUGAGAGAGGAGGAGGAGGAGGAGGAGGAGGAGGCUGACACAGCCCGCGCCGUGCAAACGAUCCUUGACGUGCUGAACAAGGCGCCGUCUCACAAUCACGAUGCGAACACCACAGGGACCACAGACCGUGGUUUGGACAUUCGUGGCUGGACGCCCAAGAAUGGCAGCCCGUACCUUGACCUCGGUCCCAUUGACGCCCUUGCGCUCGGCCAGGCACACACGCUCCCACGUCGGCCUCACGCUGCGGGCGCAGAUCGUUCGACACAGCUGGAAGCCGUUGCUCAGCAAUCAGCAAACACUGCCGCGCACGCUGCGUUCGUACCAUGGAGGGUGCCUGCGGUAGCCAAAGAGCAGGCCGCUCAAAUCACGAUCGCGACGUCCUCUACGUUCUUCCGCGGUGCGUACGCACAGGAAAUAACCUGCGAGAAGGUAGCUAUGCUGCCGGUAUCGUCCGCUGCCGGGCGUGAACACGAGCGGCAGGUUGCCUUCAUGAAUGCUCGCGAACUCUCUGUAGUUCCCUCGAUCUUGGAAGCGCGCAGCUCCUCACUGCCAACACCGAUCGUUCUGCCUUCGACCCUGUCAAUGCAGCAAAUGUCAGCCCGCCACCGCAAACAUGGGGUUACACAAGCUGUCUCCGUCAUUGCCCAGCUGCGCGCAGAGCAAGGUAGACGCGUGGCCCCACCUCCGCCCCGGGGCGGCGUGUCUCCCGCACUCGCACGUAGCAUUACACAUAUCCGCCUGGCGCGUGAGCAGGCGAAGCAGCAGGUCGCUUACGCACAUAUGUCCCGCGGGACGCCAAGUGUACUAGCAAGAUGGAGGACGUCUGAGACGUCAAUCGGCACAAUUACAAAUCUAUAG